AUGCUUAUUUCCAAGCACCACCUAAUCCAGGCAAAUCAGAGGGUUUCUCUUUCCUGUUCUGGCUUAUCUUCAAUUGUUGUAGCAGUGCUUAUUACCUUCAUCUCCUGGCCUGCUCAUUCAAGAACUCUGGAAUCAGAUGCUGAAGUUCUCCGCUCCUUCAAAGCAUCAAUCGAUCCCAACUCAGUCCCGCUGUACUUGUUUAUCAGCACCUGGGACUUCAAGAUGGAUCCAUGUGAGAGUUCCGGAGAACAAUUUCUGGGGAUCUUGUGCUCCACGCCAGUUGACAAUUCAAGCGGCAGAGUAACAGCCAUCGAUCUUGAUGGAAUUGGGUAUGAUGGGUUUCUGCUGCCCGUAAUUGGAAACCUAACAGAGAUCACCGUCCUUAGUUUAAGCAAAAACAACUUUCGAGGGCCAUUACCUGAAAGCAUCAGCAAUCUAAGAAUGCCCACCACGCUCUCAUUGUCAGGAAACUUCUUCACCAGCACUCCGCCUGCAGGGAUUGGACAGCUGAAGAAGCUUGAAACAAUGGAUAUUUCAGAAAACAAUCUCUCUGGCUCAAUUCCAGUCCAUAUUGCCGGGCUUCGGAGCUUGCUCCGCCUAAGCUUGUCAAACAACGGAUUGUCAGGCAGAGUACCUAGCCUUAAUGGGCUAUGGCAGCUAAACUCAUUAGAUCUCAGCAGGAACCAACUCUAUGGAAAUUUACCCGCCCUCCCGGUUCACUUGAGAACAUUACUGCUAAGCCACAAUAUACUUUCAGGCCACAUUUCUCCCAUAAGCAGGCUUCAAAAUCUCAGAAUAUUAGAUUUGAGCAAUAACAGGUUUUCUGGUGCCAUCAGUGAGGGAAUUCUUAUAUUGCCUAAUACAGUUCGGGUUGAUGUUUCAGCUAACAGAUUCACUAUGAUAGAGGACCAGGGUUUUGGGCAGCGAGAUGCACAGCUUCAAGAGCUUCAUGCACAUACAAACCAUUUGCAAGGUCAUUUGCCAGUGAAUUUGGUGAGUGCUAAAAAUUUAACGACAAUUAAUCUAGGGCAAAACCGGUUCACAGGCACAAUUCCAAGGGACUAUGGGGCAAAGUUGGAGGGAUCAUGGAGAACUUUGUUCUUGGAUUCCAACUUUCUAACAGGCGGCCUGCCACCACAGUUCCAGAGAAGUGGACUAAGGAUUAGCGGGAGUCUUGCACACAACUGCUUAAGCUGCCCACAAAGCAACAUUGUUCGUGGAGGACAAAGACCAGCCUCAGAAUGUGUAAGACAGGGUGGUCAAGAAUUCUCAUUGGAGAGUAAUGAAGCGGUAGGGAUGGUGUUGACUGCAAUCCCACAAAAUAUUUUGUUUAGUUUUUCCUGGUAAGGUUUUUCUUUCAUAGGUACCCACAAGAAGCAAAGAAGAGGGCAUUUCACUCAGAAAGAAUAAUUCUGAACAAGGAUACCAAGUAGUUGAUUUCUAUUUAUCAAGUAGAAUGUAUUGAAACA